CAACUCAAUUCUUAAGCAAAACAAAAUUUUUGGUCAUGAAAGAAAAACAAUUUUUGUAAAUUAAAAGAACAUUUUUCAUGAUGGGGAAAGUUCUUUUUCUAUUAUUUCUUACAUUUUCUUUAUCCUCAUCGUGGGUUCAUGAUGGAAGAAUUAUUGGAUUUGAGUUAGUUCGUGAUGCUGUUUUACCUGUGAAUUAUUUUUUUGUGCAACUUGUUGAUGUUUAUGGAAGGAACUUCACAAACAUCAACGACAAUCAUAAAAAUCUUCUUAAAUUUGAAAUCAGUGAUCAUUGUAAAAGAUAUUCACAAGAUUUGAUUCACACCGGCGAUGGACUUUUUAUCGUAAGAUUAAGAAAUUUCGAAGAAUGUCACAAUAUUCAACUUACCAUUAAAUAUGAUAAUCGACAUUUAAAUGGAUCACCUUUUUGUUUGAAAGAUGUAAUUCCUGAGCAAUGUGAAUGUCCAAGAAAUAUGAACAAAGUUAUGAAUGCAAUGAAAUGUCCAUCAUUUAAUCGUCAAAUUAAUCAUGAUCUGAAACCUUUUCCACAAGUCAACUUCACAAAAAUUAAAGCUCAAGUUCUUAAACAAUUUCAAAACUUUAAAAGCUCAUCACUUUGCAAUUAUUUGGUGAAGAGAAAUAAAAUUUAUAGAAAGUGUUAUGGACAAUAUACGGGGUUUAGUAUGUUUAUGGAUAAUAUGCUUGUGUCUCUUACAAACAAAGUUUAUUUACCUGAUUUCGAAUUCUUCAUUAAUCUUGGCGAUUGGCCAUUAAUCCGUAAAUCAGCUCACAACAUUCCAAUCUUCUCGUGGUGUAGUUCAAUUGAUAACAUGGAUAUUGUGUUACCAACAUAUGAUUUAACUGAAUCGAUCCUUCACAUGUUUUACCGAGUGACACUUGACACCCUCUCAAUACAAAAAGAACAAUGGAAAUGGAAGGAAAAGAUUGAAAAAGCUUUCUUCAGGGGACGAGAUUCAAGGCGAGAACGGCUCGAACUUAUUGACAUAUCACGAACUCAUCCUGAUCUUUUGAAUGCUUCGAUCACAAAUUUCUUCUUUUUUACAAAAGAAAUUCAUAAAUAUGGACCCAAAGUUGGUCACAUUCCAUUCACUGACUUCUUUGAAUACAAAUACCAAGUAAACAUGGACGGAACUGUUGCUGCUUAUCGUUUGCCUUAUCUUUUAGCAGGCAAUUCAGUUGUCUUGAAACAAGAAUCACCAUAUUAUGAACAUUUCUAUCGUGAUUUGAUUCCUUUCAAGCAUUUCAUUCCAUUUCAUCGUGAUCCAAAGUUGGAUUUAGUGGAAAAGAUUCGAUGGUUAAAGAAACAUGACAAGCAAGCUCAACAAAUUACGAAGAAUGCGAGAGAUUUUGUACGUGAAAAUCUUUUACCAUCAAACAUCUUUUGCUACUAUUUGAUGCUGUUCAAGAAUUAUUCCGAGAGAAUCGUCAGUCCCAUUGAAGUGUCAGAAGACAUGGAGAAAGUCGACACAAAAUCUUGGAAAUGCAGUUGCACUAAGAAUAAAAUUAAUUAAACAUUUUAUGUUACCUUUAAGAAAUGAUUUUAGUUUCUGUGAUGUUUACAAUGAAAUAGAAAAAUAUUUUUGGAAUAAAACAAAUUUAGAUUUUGAGAUUAAAAAAAAUCCUUU